AAUUGACUUUCUGUAAAACCGGUGUAGUGUCAAAGUUAAACAUGUUCGCACAGUGUUUCCUUUGCUGCAACAACCGCGUUUCUCUUCUGUAAUUGUGAUAAGGAAUCAGAUGACAGUACUCUCACUUGCAGUCCAAACAUCAUCAUGCUUCCACCAGGGAGUAAAGAGUUUAUGGUCCGGAUACGGUUCUUCUGGCGUCCAUUGUUCCAAGGCAGGAACCUACUGCUCACAAACACACUGAGUGCAGGAGGCAUGCUGGCACUGGCAGACGUGCUGCAGCAGAGCCGGGAGACCCGCAAGGAGCCAGGCAGAGUCCGCAACUGGAAAAGGACAGGUCACAUGUUUCUGGUUGGCUGCUCCCUGGGUCCAAUGAUGCACUACUGGUACGGUUGGCUGGACAGAGUAUAUGUGGGCAACGCUCUGAAAACAGUCGGAAAGAAAGUGAUGGUGGACCAGCUGAUCGCCUCACCAACAAUGGCGUUAUGGUAUUUUGUGGGUAUGGAUGUCAUGGAGGGACACACUUUACCUGAGGCGUGGGCGGAGUUUAAAGACAAGUUCUGGGAACUCUAUAAGGCGGACUGGUGUGUUUGGCCUGCUGCUCAGAUGAUCAACUUCUACUUCCUGUCGCCCAAAUACCGAGUGUUGUACAUGAACUUCAUCACCUUAGGGUGGGACACGUACCUGUCCUACCUCAAACACAGAAUUGACAGCCCCCCAACUGCAGAGUCAUCAGACAGCAGUGAUGUUGAUGCACAGCAAGAGGGGCUCCCAGAGUCCAAACCUCUGGAACAGAAAUCGUAGAGAUGGAGUCGGUGCUUGUUGGUAAAACUCAAGGACAAAGAAGUAUCUGCUGGUUUAUUUUGUUCAUACUGAUUGUUUGAGCUUUUUUGUGUGACUGUGUCUGUACUCAGAGGAUUUGUGGAUGAUGAAGUAGAAGUGCUGGAACACUUUGCCUUCAUGUCUGUAGAGUUUUAGUGUGUCUCCGUCCAGUGUGUUUGCUUAAUUUCUGUUUGAAUAAUGUGCAUUCAGGGAUUAAAAGCUGUGUCACUGCCCAUAAUGAUAAACCAUCUGCUGGUAGUCAUUUCCUUUUUAAUACAACCUUGAGUUGCUAACUACUAUCAUUAACAUGAUGUUCAACAAACCACUGAAUGGACGAAUCAUUUUAAAAAUCUGUUGCCUAUUUUGUGUUGGUGCGUCCAAAGAUCAGCACUGUGCAAAC